AUGGUUCUUCGGCACAAGGUCUUCUUUAGCAAGCGCACGAGCGCGACGCGUAGCGCUCCCGAAGGCCACGACCACCUGAAGUGGGUGCCCACAAGUUCAACUCUGGUCUACGGAGAGAAGGAUGCUGUUUUGGUCGAUACUCAAUUGACUAUUAAAGCUGCCAAAGAAUUGACAGAUUGGGUCGUCGCCAGCGGGAAAAAUUUGGUUGCCGUCUACGUCACUCAUGCUCAUGGAGACCAUCACUUUGGAUGCUCAACUGUCUUGGAUCAGUUUCCCAAGGCCAAGGUCCUGGCUACCUCGGAAGUGGCAGCUAGGAUGGAAAAAGAGCACUCCCCGGACCGGCUCCAGGGUCUAUGGGGAAAGCUCUUUCCUGGACAGAUUCCAACCAAAUUCGCUUCGGCUGAGGCUCUGGAGGCAGAUGGAUUUGAACUGGAAGGGGAAGCAUUGUUGAUCGUCAGGCUGGGUCAUACGGACUGCGAUGAGACUACUGCUUUGUGGGUUCCAUCUAUUCGUCUUCUUGUUGCGGGCGACUCUGUCUACGGCAAUACUCAUCCCUACAUGGGCGAGUCAGGUAGCCUUGAUUCACGCCUGGAAUGGCUAAGAGCGUUGGACAAGCUCGCAGCAUUGAAGCCCGUGACAGUAAUUGGCGGCCACAGCGACCCGGACAGCUCAUUCGGCCCGGAAGCAAUCAUGGAGACACGGAAGUACUUCGAAGACUUCCAUCAAGCCGUGAAAGAGAGCGAUACUGCAGAGGAGGUUUAUUCUCGAUUGAUGGCGAAAUACCCGACGAGACUAAACCCAGGCUCACUGUGGGGAGGAGCAGUGCUUGCAAAGAAGAACUAG